AUGUCCAAAUAUUUGGAUGUUUUGGAAUUUAUUAACAAUAAUGAAUUGACUUUAACAAAAGAGAUUUUAAAUGAAGAUGAAAUAAUUGAGAUGAUCUUAAAUGAAGUAAAUGAAAUAAAUGAUGAAUCAGGCGAGGGUACUGAUGAACCAGAAGCUAUUGUAGGCGACAAUGAUGCCUUGGGAGCAAUCAAUAAAUUACUCAUUUAUAUUGAACAGCAAAAUGAUUCAGAAUUUGAUGAAAAUGAUUAUAAAAAUUUAAACAAAAGAUUGUAA